AUGUGUGUGCUUGGCUACAGCCAUGAGAAAGAAAAUCUAGACAAAAUCAAAGACGUCAACAAUGACCAUCUGAUCAAGAACCUAGCUUCUUGUGAUGAAAUCCGCUGCAUUAUUUUCCCAUGGGCUGAGCAUGGAGAUUUGAAACAAUACUGGGAGGAAGAGGCUGACCGAUCACUUUCCGUUGUCAUUUGGUCUAUCGAACAGUUGGCUGGACUUGGCUCCGCCCUGAGAGACCUUCAUGGAGUCAAUUGCCGCCAUGGGGACCUGAAACCGUCCAACAUAUUCUACUUCAAAGAUGGCGGUGGCAUUCUCAAAAUUGCCGACCUAGGUGUAUCCAAAGUACACAGCAUCGCAACGGGUCAACGCAAAGGCGAGACAGAGACGAAAGCAUCGACGAGAGCCUAUGAAGGCCCUGAAGCCUAUGAGCAGUCAAAUGUGCCUAGAUCACGCAAGUACGAUUGCUGGUCAAUGGCAUGCGUCAUUCUGGAAUUCGUCGUUUGGCUGCUCUACGACCAGCGUGCACUUGACGGUUUCCACUCGUCACGGGAUUCACGAUGGAACAGUUUCUAUCAUCUCAGGAUUCCCAAUCCCACUUCUGAAGAUCCAAGGGCGGUGUGGUGGGAGAACAUGGAAAGGCAUCCCAAGGUCGACGAAGUCAUGAACUUGCUUCGUGAGGAUGCGCGGGUUAGGGGCACCGCGUUGGAAGAACUCAUCAACCUCGUUGAUUCGAAGUUACUCUUGAUGAACCCAAAGAGUCGCCUCGAAGCUGCCGAGAUUGCCAAAGUGCUUCACGAGCUCGUCAAACGAUGCAACGCAGGGCAGACACUAUGGGUCAACGACGUUGAUGGUCCUACGGAAGUUCCAGCAAUAUUCAGACAAGAACCAACAAGGAUACCAGACGUCACUUAUCAGUAA